CUCUGACUAAAAAAAGUGGGUUUUAAACGAGACUGAGAUAAUAAUAGUUGACCUAGUUUUUCAAAAAUUCCCCAGGGAAUCAUAUUGAUAUUGUAGUAAAUCAAAUCGACCCAAAAUCCUCGUUCUUUUGUUCAAAUUGAAGUCGGUUCUAUAAAAGUUUCAAAUGGCGAACCUCCCAAUUCUACAAUUUGAAGACAAGAUAUUAGAAACCGUGGAUCACAAUCCAGUAGUGGUGGUAAUUGGUGAGACGGGUUCAGGGAAGAGCACACAACUCUCUCAGAUUUUACACAGAAGCGGCUACACGAAGGCCGGAAUCAUCGCCGUCACCCAGCCACGCCGUGUCGCCGCCGUAUCUGUUUCUAGAAGGGUUGCACAGGAGCUUGGUGUCCGACUGGGUGAUGAAGUUGGUUAUGCCAUAAGAUUCGAGGACAGAACUUCAGAGAGAACUUGUAUUAAGUAUCUUACUGAUGGAGUACUCCUCCGUGAAAGCCUUUCUGACCCUGAGCUCAAACAAUAUUCUGUUGUCAUAUUAGAUGAGGCUCAUGAAAGGAGUCUAAACACGGAUAUAUUAAUGGGGCUGAUGAAAAGGUUGAUUAGACUGCGUGCUUCCAAUUUGAAAGUUUUGAUCACUUCAGCUACUCUUGAUGGUGAAAAGGUGUCAAGAUUUUUCUCUGAUUGCCCAGUCCUAAAUGUUCCUGGGAAAUUGUUUCCUGUAGAAAUAUUAUAUAGUGCAGAACAACCCAAAAGUUAUAUAGAAUCAUCUCUGAAAAAAGCUAUUGACAUACACGUUAAUGAGCCAGAAGGGGACAUUUUGAUAUUUAUGACUGGGCAGGAUGACAUAGAGAAAUUGGUAUCAAAACUGGAGGAAAGAAUUCAAAGCCUUGAAGUAGGGUCCUGUAUGGAUGCCAUAGUCCUGCCACUUCAUGGUUCAUUGCCACCUGAAAUGCAGGUACGAGUGUUUAAUCCUCCACCUCCAAACUGUAGGCGUUUCAUUGUUGCAACAAACAUUGCUGAAACUUCCUUGACUGUUGAUGGUGUUGUGUAUGUUAUAGACUCUGGAUAUGUGAAGCAGCGACAGUAUAAUCCAUCAAGUGGAAUGUAUUCUCUUGAUGUUGUUCAGAUUAGCAGGGUGCAGGCUAACCAACGGGCAGGUCGGGCAGGAAGAACACGACCCGGGAAGUGUUAUCGGUUAUACCCGUUGGCUGUUUACCAAGACAAUUUAUUGGAAGCCACUGUUCCUGAAAUACAACGUUCUUCUUUAGCUGGAAGUGUUCUUUAUUUAAAAUCUUUGGAUCUUCCAGAUAUUGAUAUUCUUAAAUUUGACUUUCUUGAUGCACCUUCGCAUGAGUCUUUGCAAGAUGCUCUUAAACAGUUGUUUCUGAUUGAUGCUUUAGAUGAGAAUGGGACUAUUACGCCUAUAGGAAAAACAAUGUCAGAGCUUCCUUUGGAACCUUCACUUGCAAGGACUUUAAUUGAGGCAAAUGAAUAUGGUUGUUUAUCUCAAGCUUUGAGUGUAGCUGCUAUGUUAUCAGUGGAAGGUACAUUGCUUCCUGGACGAAGCAAAAACACAGACAGGAAGAGAAAGCAUCCUCCUUCAGAUCUUCCUGAUGGGUCUGGUCUGGGUGAUCACAUCCAGUUACUUCAGAUCUAUGAGCUUUGGGAUGAAGUUGACUAUAGUAUUGACUGGUGUAAAGAUAACAACCUACAGGUACGUGGGAUGCUAUUUGCUAAAGAUGUUCGGAAACAAUUGUCGCAAAUAAUGCAGAAGGUUGCAAAAGGAGGCUUAGAUAUAAAAAGAAAGGAAAGAAGGAGAGAUAGAGAAGAAAACUAUAAGAAUCUAAGAAAGGCUUUGUGUGUGGGGUAUGCAAGCCAGCUGGCAGAGCGGAUGAUUCGUCAUAACGGUUACCGGACUCUUGGCUUCAAGUCUCAACUUGUCCAGGUGCAUCCGUCUUCCGUGCUGCGAACAGAUGAAGAAGGAAUGCUUCCAAAUUAUGUUGUGUACCAUGAACUUAUUUCUACUACACGCCCAUACAUGCGCAAUCUGUGUGAAGUAGAGAUGCAAUGGGUGACCCCAAUAUUGCAAAAGCUUGAGAAGCUAAAUGUCAACAAACUAAGUGGUGGAUCGAACCAGUCUGAGGUGGCGAGCACAACCGAUGAUUUGGGGGGUCCCCAGAAAGAGAAAGAGUUUCAAUCAUCGACGAUGAGGUUGGCGCCGAGGGAGGUGGAGAAAUUGAUGUUACACAAUGCUGGAUUUUUAGCGCAGAAGCGUCUUGCUCGUGGAUUAAGGCUUAAUUACACCGAAGCUGUUGCACUUAUUGCCACUCAGAUUUUGGAGUUUGUACAUGAUGGUGACAAAAGUGUGGCAGAAUUGAUGGAUGUUGGGAGACAGCUUUUAGGAAGGAGACAAGUUCUUCCAACAGUUCCUCACCUUUUGGAUUCUGUCCAGGUAGAGGGAACCUUUCCUGAUGGAACAAAGUUAAUUACUGUACAUGAUCCAGUAUCUUGUGAAAAUGGAAAUCUUGAAAUGGCUUUACAUGGAUCUUUUCUUCCAGUUCCUUCACUUGAAAAGUUUCCAAAUAUAGAAAGUUGUAAGAUUCCUGGAGAACUAAUCUUCAGACAUGGAUAUAUAAUGCUUAAUUCUGGAAGGGAAGCAGUAGUCCUUAAAGUAACUAACAAUGGAGAUAGACCAAUACAGGUUGGAAGCCAUUACCAUUUUAUCGAGGUCAAUCCAAGUUUAAUUUUUGAUCGAAGAAAAGCAUAUGGCAUGAGACUAAAUAUACCUGCAGGAACAGCUACCAGAUUUGAGCCAGGGGAUGCAAAAUCUGUCACUCUUGUAAAAAUUGGUGGCAUGCAAGUAAUUAGAGGAGGGAAUGCAAUCGCAGACAGCCCUGUCACUGAUUCCAAUGUCAAUACAGUAAUGGAAUCAGUACUUGCAAGAGGAUUCGGCAAUUCUGAAGAUACCAAUACCAAUAAUGGUAUCAUUAUAGAAGGAUCUCCACUAGCUUACAAAAUGGCACGUGAGGCAUAUGCUAAUAUGUAUGGCCCUACAGUUGGAGACAAAAUUCGUCUUGGUGACACCGAUUUAUUUGCUGAAGUUGAAAAAGAUUUUGCAAUUUAUGGUGAUGAGUGUGUGUUUGGUGGUGGAAAGGUGAUACGAGAUGGAAUGGGACAAGCUUCAGGGUAUUCCCCAUCUGAUUGUCUGGACACUGUCAUCACAAAUGCAUUGAUAAUCGAUUACACAGGAAUUUACAAAGCAGAUAUAGGCAUUAAAGCCGGUUUGAUUUCUUCAAUUGGGAAAGCAGGAAAUCCGGAUUCCAUGAAUGGUGUCUCUGAUAACAUGAUCAUUGGAGUCAGCACAGAAGUGAUUGCUGGUGAAGGCAAGAUAGUGACAGCUGGCGCCAUUGAUUGUCAUGUGCAUUUUAUCUGCCCUCAAUUGGCAUAUGAAGCAAUAUCUAGUGGGAUUACAACAAUGGUAGGAGGUGGGACGGGGCCCGCUGAAGGGACACGUGCAACCACUUGUACCCCUGGAGCUGUUCACAUGAAAACUAUGCUGCAAGCCACUGAUGACUUACCAAUUAACUUUGGAUUUACUGGGAAAGGUAAUAGUUCUAAACCGGAAGGGCUGCAUGAAAUAAUAAAGGCUGGUGCAAUGGGACUGAAGCUUCAUGAGGAUUGGGGGACUACUCCUGCUGCUAUAGAUAACUGUUUGUCAGUUGCAGACCAAUAUGACAUCCAGGUUAAUAUCCACACCGACACCUUGAAUGAAUCUGGAUUCGUUGAACACACAAUUGCUGCGUUUAAAGAUAGAACAAUUCACACAUACCACAGUGAAGGUGCAGGUGGUGGUCAUGCUCCAGAUAUUAUCAAAGUGUGUGGUGUUAAAAAUGUUCUGCCCUCAUCAACAAAUCCAACACGUCCUUACACUAAGAACACAAUAGACGAGCAUCUCGAUAUGCUGAUGGUGUGUCAUCACCUUGAUAAGGACAUACCCGAGGAUGUAGCUUUUGCUGAGUCACGUAUUCGAGCUGAAACAAUUGCUGCUGAAGAUAUUUUGCAUGAUAUGGGAGCAAUAAGCAUUAUAUCAUCUGAUUCACAGGCUAUGGGUCGUAUUGGGGAGGUAAUAAGCAGAACAUGGCAAACAGCUCACAAAAUGAAGUUACAAAGAGGCGCGAUUGAGGGUAACAUACAAGAAAAUGACAAUCUUCGCAUUAAAAGGUUUAUUGCAAAGUACACGAUAAAUCCAGCAAUCGCUAACGGGUUUUCCGACCAUGUUGGGUCGGUUGAGGUAGGGAAGUUGGCUGAUCUUGUGAUUUGGAAGGCAUCGUUCUUUGGGGCAAAACCGGAAAUGGUGAUUAAAGGAGGUGAUAUUGCUUGGGCUAACAUGGGGGAUCCAAAUGCAAGCAUCCCUACUCCUCAACCGGUUAUAAUGAGGCCCAUGUUUGGAGCAUUCGGCAAGGCUGGAAGCUCCAACUCCAUAGCUUUUGUCAGCCAGGCUGCUAUGGAGCGAAAUAUAAAGACUCUUUAUCAACUGAAUAAGAAGGUGAAAAGCGUGAGUAAUGUAAGGAGACUGACAAAGCUGGACAUGAAACUCAACGAUGCCCUUCCCAACAUCCAGGUUGAUCCCGAGACAUACGCGGUCACUGCUGACGGCGUGCAUCUAACAUGCACCGCAGCUACAUCUGUCCCCCUAUCUCGGAAUUACUUCCUAUUUUAAUUUUAAUUACCCCUCUUUGUUUUUUUAAUAACAUAUCUUGUUCCUAGUAGCAAAUUUAGGUUUUCUAGACCUAUUUUCAAUGAUAAGGUUCAGGAGGGCAUUUACGUUUGGAAACCAAAACCACACGAAUGAAUUGGAUUUUGAUUUGAUGAAAAACAUAUACUAUGUGGCAUUCUCAUUUGAGUUACCAAUAUUGCUUUGCAACAUUUUGCAGCCAUACCAAAUUUGUUGGUUCAACAUUUGGGUAGUUAGACUCACUUGUUAAAAUUAUUUAUAUGCAAGUCAUGGACUCAAAUCUUCAUUCUCAAUACGUCGUUAUUUAUAUAUAUAUUCUUAUGGAAAAACACUUGUAAGUACUGUCUGUAACGUUCCAUGCCCCUUCAUCCAAUGAAAGGUCACAUAAGCAUUUAUUCACCG